UUUGUGUGCAAAAGAGAGGGAGACAGAGGCGGUGAGCGAGUGCAAGUACUGGCCGAGUGUGCCAGUGUGUGUGUGCUGUGUGUUUGUACCAGUUGAACCGGUUCGACACUCAUCUUCGACUUACCUGCAAAGACAACAACAGCAACAACAGCUUGGAAAAACAUGGAAACUGAAACUGAAGCAAAAUGCAGCAUCGCCAGCGACAACAACAACAGUAAAGUGCAGCUGCAGCAGUUGUAAUGUCAAAUGAAUCAAACGGACUGCAUCAUUUGCGUUUCCGAGAGAAAGAAAAGAAAGGAGAAGCUAGGAGCGAGACAGCGCAGCAAAAAAAAUACAUAUGGUUACAUUACACAUGUGCGCAUGCAUAUGAGAAGUGCGGUCUUCGGGUCAAAGCCAUUAACCGCAAAAGCCCGUAAACUCCCCACCGAUCAGAUCCAACUUGCGAUUAACCCUAUGUUACACAGAGGUUAAAACAAGACCAAAGACACCAAAUUUAUGCCCGUUACUAAGGCCUUCCUUGAUAAUUACGCAUAUAUUUUCCCUAACAAUUGGAAGCAAUUACAAAAACUAAAGCAAUUAUUGAAAUGCUGAGCUGCUUCAACACCACUCAGGUUGUCAUCGUCAGCCAAUCGUCAUGCUACUUUGAGCCAAGCACAAGCAUUGAAAACCAUAACAACAACCAAAACACGUGAAGCAGCGAACGGAUAUACGGACGAAGGGAAGCUAGCUCUUCAAAGGAACCCGACAGCCAGGUUCUUGUUAAAUGGGUGGAAACGUCAGGAGAAGCACGGCCAUUUGCGAGCUUAGAACCCACCACUGUCCGCCGGGACAUUAAUUAAUCACGGCCUUGUCAUUCGCAAGGAUCAAGGAGUGGCAAACCAGGAGGAGCGGGAGCACGAAGGGUGCAGAAAUCAAAUUAACAGUGCGUCAAAAGGAUUAACCCCGGGAUAGCAGGGGCAGGAGUUUAGAGCACGUACACAGGACACGGUGAGGCGAGUAAACAGCACCACCCAGCCCCAGUCCCCGGGAUACAGAUCCAGACGACCAGGGUCAAGGGUCUCCUCGCAGCAGCCGCUUGGAAAUUUGAGUUUGGAGUUUGCAGCUCCUUAGUUCGUAGUUGGUGGUUAACCAACUUGGAGCGUGUUGGCACGGAUUAACGGCGAAUCACGAUACACGACCAUGAUGAUAACCAGAACGGAGGCGAAUGGAGGGCUGGGCAUCCUGCUUCUCCUUCUUCUGCCCUUGGUGGCGGCCACCUCGGACUGGAUGCAGAGCUGCGGCCCCUGCCACUGCCACUGGAACUCGGGCAAGAAGAGCGCAGACUGCAAAAACAAGGCGCUCACGAAGAUACCUCUGGACAUGAGCAACGAGAUGCAGGUGCUGGACUUCGCCCACAACCAAAUACCCGAGCUGAGGCGCGAAGAGUUCCUUCUCGCUGGCCUGCCCAAUGUGCACAAGGUGUAUCUGCGCAACUGCACCAUCCAGGAGGUGCAUCGCGAGGCCUUUAAGGGUCUGCACAUCCUCAUUGAGCUGGACAUGUCGGGCAACCGGAUUCGGGAACUGCAUCCGGGCACGUUUGCCGGCCUCGAGAAGCUGCGCAACGUGAUCAUCAACAACAACGAGAUCGAGGUGCUGCCCAAUCAUCUGUUCGUCAACCUGAGCUACCUGUCGCGCAUCGAGUUCCGGAAUAACCGGCUGCGGCAGGUGCAGCUUUAUGUCUUUGCCGGCACGGUGGCGCUGAGCGCCAUCUCGCUGGAGCAGAAUCGACUGGCCCAUCUGCACAAGGAGACGUUCAAGGAUCUGCAGAAGCUGAUGCAUCUAUCGCUGCAGGGCAACGCCUGGAAUUGCAGCUGUGAGCUGCAGGACUUCCGCGACUUUGCCAUCCAGAAGCGUCUGUAUACGCCGCCCACCGAUUGCCAGGAGCCGCCCCAGUUGCGUGGCAAGCUGUGGAGUGAGGUGCCGUCGGAGAACUUCGCCUGCCGGCCCCGCAUCCUCGGAUCCGUUCGCUCAUUUGUGGAGGCCAAUCAUGACAACAUCUCGCUGCCCUGCCGCAUUGUCGGCAGUCCGCGUCCGAACGUUACCUGGGUGUACAACAAACGGCCACUGCAGCUGUACGAUCCGCGGGUGCGUGUCCUCACCUCCGUCGAGCAGCUGCCGGAACAACCUGCCCAGGUGCUGACCUCGGAGCUGCGAAUCGUGGGCGUGCGAGCCUCGGACAAGGGAGCAUACACCUGUGUGGCGGACAAUCGCGGCGGCCGGGCGGAGGCCGAGUUCCAGCUGCUUGUGAGCGGUGACUACGCCGGCGCCGUGUCCGCCGCCGAUGGCCAUGGGAUGGGCGGAAUGGGGGCCAUCGGAGCGCCCACCAUCGAUCCGCAAACGAAUGUCUUCCUCAUCAUUUGUCUGAUCACCACCACACUGCUGCUUCUGCUGAUCGUGGUGGUGCUAGUCCUCUUCUGGUACUGCCGCAGGAUCAAGACCUACCAGAAGGACACCACCAUGAUGAGCGGCGACGGGCUGAUCUCUUCCAAGCUGGACAAGACGCACAACGGCUCCAUGCUCGAGGGCUCCGUCAUCAUGGAGAUGCAGAAGAGCCUGCUUAACGAGGUGAAUCCCGUCGAGAAGCCGCCUCGCCGCACGGACAUUGAGAGUGUUGACGGUGGCGAUGACGUUCUCGAGAUCAAGAAGACGCUGCUCGACGAUACGGUCUAUGUUGCCAGCCACUCACGCGACGAAGAAGCCCACUCGGUGGCCCUGUCGGACACGACGACCACGCCCCGAUCCCGCCACACCUAUGUGGACGACGCCUACGCCAACAGCUUGCCUCCGGAUUUGCUGGCCUUCCCCGCCCGCGUGCCGCCCACCUCGCCCUCGAUGCAGUCCUCGCAGUCGAACAUCCCCGACCAGGUCAUCUACGGAAUCCGAUCGCCCCCAUCGCUGACCAGUCCGGUCUACACGCACAUGACGCCGCACGGCAUCUACGGCACCAAGACCCUGGCCGCUCCGCACAACGGCUUCAUGACGCUUCAGCACCCCAAGUCCCGCAACCUGGCCCUGAUUGCCACCGCCAACAGCAGUCGCCAGCACCAGCACCUCCUGCAGCAGCAGCAACAGCAGCAGAAUCAGCAGCAGCAGCAUCCCCUGGCCACCACCUCACCCUUCCUGCCCGCCCCCGUGGUUUACUCUCCGGCCACGGGUGUGGUCAUGAAACAGGGCUACAUGACCAUUCCUCGCAAGCCGCGCGCCCCCAGCUGGGCGCCCAGCACGUCCGGUGCCGCUGGCCACGGAACCAUCCAGCUGAGCGAGUUCCAGAGCCCCACCUCGCCGAAUCCCAGCGAGACGGGCACCGCCACCACCGCCGAGCUGCAGGCGGAACCGGUCUAUGACAAUUUGGGACUACGCACCACCGCCGGCGGCAACUCCACCCUAAAUCUGACUAAGAUUACCGGCUCUGCCUCCGGAUCCGGAUCCGGCUCCCAGGGCGGUCAGCAGUACUCGAUGCGGGAUCGUCCGCUACCGGCGACGCCCAGCCUGACGUCUGUGUCGUCGGCGACCAAUGCCAGCAAGAUUUACGAGCCCAUUCACGAGCUGAUCCAGCAGCAGCAGCAAUUGCAACAGCAGCAGCAGCAGCGGCUGAGCUCCUUGGACACGGAGCCGUUGUAUGGAGUUAGGCACCAAGGGAUCACGAUACUGCCCGGAUCGAGCAUAAGCGGAGCCGGCCUGGGCCAUGCCGCGUAUAUAUCGCCCGUUCCGGCGGCGGCGGCAUCUGCUGUGUCGCCUAGCCACGCCGGCAGCAGCAGCGGCGACUCACCGAAGGUCGCCAAGAUCCCACCGCGACCACCACCGAAGCCCAAGAAGAAGAUGUCCGUGACGACGACUCGCAGUGGUCAGGGCAGCACCAGCCAGCUGUUCGACGACGAGGGCGAGGAUGGCACCGAAGUCUAGCUUGGCACCCACGGCGAUCCCCAUCGGCAGAUAAUCGAUACUGAAACCCAGCUCGGGACGAUACUAUGAGGAGGAAUCCGUGGGAAGCCCAAGCUGCCAAUUUUAUUGCGUAAGGAGAUGCAAAUGCAGAUGGAGGUGGAGAUGGAAGUAAAGAUGGAGAUGGAGAUAAAGAUGAAGAUAUAGAUGAAGAUAAAGAUGAAGAUGAUGAAGAUGCGAUACGCAGCCCCCAGUCGACAACAAAGUGUAACAUCAACAUCAACAUCCGCUGUUGCGGCUUGUAAAAAUAGCCGCCAGAAGGAUUCUGUUCCGUGGUUCACGCCACUGCGUGACUUGUGUGCCAAACGACUGAUGUAGGUUUUAGUAAUUAAAUCCAUGAACAUGCAACACUGCAAGGAAACAAAACACAAGAAACAAAAGCGAGGAUGCAAUUAGGCAGAGAGACUCCAAUCCGUUAGGGCGUAUGAAAGACGCUUUUAGAACCAUCUAAUCCCAAAUUUCGUAUAGGCGGAUAUACGUAAGCCCCAAUUUUAAAACCACCUUUUUUUUGUGUAGGCUAUAGUUAGUUUGGUACAAAUGCAUUAUUCGUAUAUAAAGAGACCUAUAUAUACACGCAUAAUUUUAAAGUUAUAUAACCCUUCAAGCAGCAAAUAUCCUAUAAUGAAGAAAAAUAUAUAUACACAAAAGAAACUUACAAAUCAACGACGGUUUAUUUAAGCGCAAAAAUGAAAAACAAAAAAAACAAAAUCACUUCAUUUUUUCAACAUUUUGCAAGUUUUUUAAAAUUGUAAAUGUAAAAUGCAUACAGUUAAUAGCGUUAAGCUAUAUCUUAAUGAAUACCAUACCACUUAGCGUAAGCAUAAAAUUAUAUCCUUUUUUUUUUUGUUUUACGGAAGCCACCACGAAUUGGGAAAUAAACUUCACGAAAGUAUAUUUAUAGCGGAUAAGUUUGUUAAGGGCAUUUAGCGGUAGGAUAAAGAGUUUGCAUUCGCAAUUAAAACAAUGAAUUGAAACUUCUAUGUAUACAUAUAGUCUAGAGAGAAGGCGCGGCGAAGUAAGUUCAGCCAUAGUAACGAUUGUACUAGCUAUAAAAAUAUAUAAACUAAAUGUAUAUGACACUCUAGGCACUAAAUAUACAACCAAUUACAACAAGAAAAGAAAAGUUAUACGCAAGCCCGAUUGCGGGAGUCCCCAUUGCCAAGCCAUACGUAUGUAUGUCUGAAGUACACCUUGAAAUUGAAGUUAACUUCACAGGACUCAUUUAAUAUACAGAACUAUUCACGAAGGAAACGCAAAUACACACAAGGCAUUUUCCAGCAAUCAUUCUAAAUACAUGAUAACGAAUAUAGACCAUUAAAGACAACAAAGUAUCGUUAAGGGAAAUGAGAAAUAUUGAUAAACCAGAAAGCAAGCAGCUCCCCUAGUAGUAAAGGGUACAGUUGAGAUCAGAUUCACACAAAAUACCUUACCAUACCUACCAUACUGUACGAUAUUUCCCAAUCAAAUUACUUUUUUUUAUUAUUUAUAUUAGUUGUACCUUUAGUUUCGUGCACCACUUGGGCGAUCUACAUCUGGAUGCAUUUUUAUUUAAUAAAAAUGCACUUUCAGGCUCUGCCAAACUACUUGAUUUCCUGAGUGUGAAGAGACAACAGAAAAUUACAAAAUACAUCAAACUAACUAUGAUUUGUUGUUGAGGCAGGCCUAGAAGUGAUCUGAGAGUUUAAAGCCAGUGCUUUAAUGCGAUAGACGUGUAAAGAACAGCCCCAUACUUGCCCCUAGGAAAACGACGUUACUUGACACAGGGUGCACAUAUUCGAUAGACGAAUCAAACGAAUAGAUGUACCCAAUCCAUACUUCGUUUGAAAUAAGCAAAAGUAUUAUAUAAAUCAUAAGUUACCUUACGUUUUUUUAUCGUGCUCGUUUUUUAUGUAUUCAGAGUAAUUUACAGAGUAAUUAUUUUAGAGUUUUAUUUAGAUUUGGACAAGCGCAACAUAAUUGUAAUUAAUAUCUCGAACAUAAGAACGAAAAAAAUGUACGUUGCGAACAAUCUGUUCAAAUUAGCUCAAAAUCAAAACAAUUAUAAUUAAAAAUUGUAAUCUAACUGUAAUUGAUAGAAGGGUUCUUAUAUAUACGUUUUUUAUAAUUUUACAUAAUUUGCCUAACAUACAAAAUAUUAAAAUAAACUAUGAAUAAAUCGAAUAAAAUGUCGAA